AUGCGCACGGCAAUGCCGUCCCGGAAGACGUCCGAGAGCAGCCUCAACGAGAUCGAGAAGCGGGUGCGCGUGGUCCAUGUGAAGCCCGGACUCCUGAAGCCGUGCUCAUUCAAGGAAGCCGCGGACGAGAUGUACGCGCCUUCGAUUACGAAUUGUUUCUUGGAGAAGGAUUUCAUGGCGUCGACGCUCAGCAGCCGCUCGCAGGUCUCGACAAAGAUCUCCUCAAAGGCACCGAGUAUGCUCGUCUUUGGCGAGUACGCGCACCCGAGCCAAGACAACCUCGCGCUCCGGGAGCGCCUGUCGAGCAAAGGCAACGCAAUCGUACAGACGGCAACCACUAAGGCUAAUCAAUAA